CAAAUAUAAAACAAGCAGUCACCGUUACCUGAUCAAAUUCAAACAUGAUACUCUGGUGAAGGAGUACAAGCGUGUUAAUUUCCCAAAAACAAUGUUUUGCUUCAAAAGUUUUGAAGCCAUACUUUCAAAGCAAGGAAUUGAUGAGAAAGUGUUGAUAGAUGUGAUUGGUCGUAUUGUGGAGAUAUAUUCACCACUGGAGAAGACAAUAGCUGGGAAAAAGAGUAGGCUUAUUGACUUUGUGCUUGAAGACUCUUGUAAGAAGCAAAUUAAGUGUACACUGUGGGACGAGCAUGUGGAUCAAGUAACUCCUUACUUCCACUCAGCUGCUAAUGAUCCAGUCAUUGUUUUGAUUCAGUUGUGCCGACCUAAAUUCAUGGACAAUGAGUGCUAUAUGGUGAAGUACGUAUCUGCAGCUCCUUUGGUGCUACUCAGCUUUUUUUCUCACACUCUUGCAAAGAGUUUCAAAUAUAAAUUUUCUGUACUAACAUACAUUUUCUUGAUUUCUGUUAGUAGCUAUAACAGUGACCAUACACCUUUACGGUGUAUAGAUUCUGAAUCAAGGCUAUCUGAUACUUAUCUUGGACGUGCUGUGCGUGCUAAUGAUGUGCUGAUUACUUCUAUUCAAGAUAUAUACUCCAAAAAACAACUAGGGGAAUAUUGGGUGGCAGGACGAAUUGUGGAUGUAGAGAGUUUAAGUGACUGGUAUUACAUCUCUUGCAAGAGUAAUUCUUGCAGGAGAAAGGUUGCUGCUGAUGGUGGUAUGAUGGUGAUUAUACGUGUGGCUGAUCAAACUGGGGAUGCUCCUAUGCUUCUAUGGGAUCGUGAGUGUGCAGAGUUGGUAGGUGUUUCAGCUGGUGAUUUAAAAGCUAAGUAUCCAGAGGGGAAUAAGUGUAUUCCACCUGAGCUAGGUUGUUUGCCGGACAUGUCUAUGUUGUUUCGUGUUGCUAUGAAGAAGGAGCAGAUAGAGAGUUACUAUUCUGCUUUCACAGUCCUAAGGAUUUGCAGGGAUGAAGCAAUGCUUACACAACACUGCUCAGGUCUUUCAGUUGCCAGUUUAGAACCAGAAAAUGGUUCUGUUCAUGAAAAUGGUUUUCAAGAUGGGGAUGCAGAUGGUGAUGCAGACUGUGUUGUGGUGGAUGAUGGGUCUCAAGGUUUAUCUAUGUACAAAUUUGCUGGCUUGGAUGAGAUUGAAGAUGGUUUAGGUGUUGGUGCUAAUGAUGUUCCUCUCAAGAGGUCUUUGUUUAAAGACUUUGAGAAUGUUGGUACAUCGAAGAAGGCUAAGGGAGUGGUGGUGAAGAAAGAAAAGUAG